UGCCGCUGCCUCCAUUGCCAGGGGAUCCUCUCGGCUCUCGACUUCCCCCUGGCCGCCGUGGGGGAGGGAGGCCGAGAUGGCCGAUGAGAUCGCCAAGGUUCAGGUGGCCCGGCCUGGUGGCGACACGUUCUUUGGGAAGAUCAUCCGCAAGGAAAACCCCACCAAAAUCAUUUUCGAGGACGACCGGUGUCUUGCUUCCCAUGACAUUUCCCCUCAAGCACCAACCCAUUUUCUGGUGAUCCCCAAGAAACAUAUAUCCCAGAUUUCUGUAGCUGAAGAUGAUGAUGAAAGUCUUCUUGGACAUUUGAUGAUUGUUGGCAAGAAGUGUGCUGCUGAUCUGGGCCUAAAGAAGGGCUAUCACAUGGUGGUGAAUGAAGGUAUAGAUGGCGGCCAGUCUGUCUACCAUGUUCAUCUCCAUGUUCUUGGUGGUCGUCAGAUGCGCUGGCCUCCUGGUUAAGCAUGCUCCAGGGUAACUUUCCUUCUCUAGGCAGAGAUGAGUCUUGCAAGUUCUAAUAUGUUUUAAAUGGCAGGU